AUGGGCGGAGUGUCCGUGAAACUAUCAGAUGAAAUAAAAAUACUUGGUUUGACUCUCGAUGCUAAAUUGACCUUUAAUAAACAUAUCUCCAAUAUAUGCAGGAAAGCAACAAAUAUUUACAAACAAUUAGCAAGGGCGGCGAGAAUUGGCUGGGGUUUACACCGAGAUGUAAUUCAUAUUAUUUAUACAGCAGUCAUCGAGCCGAUAAUCUUAUAUGCGGCAGCAGUCUGGGCUCCAGCCACUAAAAAGCUAGGAAUUAGGAAGCAAUUAAAUUCAGUACAACGAAGCUUCGCGCUGAAGCUCUGCAGAGCUUACCGAACCGUAUCACUGAAUGCCAGCUUGAUCCUCGCUGGACUAUUGCCCUUAGACCUUAGAAUCCAGGAGGCCGCUGUGCUAUACGAAGCAAAGAGAGGAUUAUUUCAGUCUGAAUUGGAAGGUGACCUGGAGCAAAGAGUAUCAUGGAUGAGUAUUCCUCACCCCUCCAAAGAACCUGAUAUCAAAUUUAUAGCCUAUAGAGAACAAGAGCGUCCUAGAACAGAUGCACCGGCAGUAAAGAUAUAUACGGACGGAAGUAAAGUAGACGAAUUGGUCGGUGCCAGCGUUUCCUUAUGGAAAAAUGGUGCCGAAUUCGAGACUUUUAAAUUGAAACUAUCUUCAUGCUGUUCCGUGUAUCAAGCUGAACUGGUGGCUAUUCUUAAAGCGACUCAAAGGAUCCUUUGUCACCCAGAAACAACCUACGGCGUAUAUAGUGACUCCCGAAGUGCACUCGAAAGUGUUGCGGGUGGUCGCUCUUUCAAUCCCCUUGUAGUUGAAAUUCGUAAGAACAUAAAUAAAGCGCAUUUACUCAACAAAAAAAUUGAUAUUUUUUGGGUUAAAGCGCAUUCGGGCAUGGAGGGGAAUGAAAGAGCAGACCAACUAGCAAAGGAAGCUGCGCAUCUAGAAGAGGCGCCCGUGUACAAUAGAUUUCCCAUAUCGCAUUUGAAGAACUGUCUACGUGGAAACACGAUAGAAAAAUGGAAUCACAGAUAUCGAGACGGUGAAACAGCUGCAAUAACCAAGUUAUUCCUUCCAAAUGUUGCUUCGGCCUUUUCGAUAAUUAAACAAAUGAAACCAACGGGAUUGAUCACUCAGAUGUUGACAGGUCACGGUGGCUUCCUGUCGUAUCUUCACAGGUUCAGGGUUAGACAAAGUGCUGCCUGUCCUUGUGAUGAUGCAGCUGAAGAGACAGUGUUGCAUGUUCUGACCGACUGUCCCAUGUAUGGAUACGACAGGUAUAACGCUGAGCAAGCUAUGGGCAUGAGGGUAACGGAGACGAGUUUGAAGGGAAUAAUGCUCAAUGUUAGGUUGAGGGGCAUCUUUUGGGAUUUGCCGUGA